GCGGCUGGAGACGCGCGCGCGCGGGCGGGCUGCGACUCGGAGGAGCGGGAAUCAGCGCGGGGCUGAGUGGGAACACGGAAGUGCGCGAUUGGGAAUUUUCCUCCUUUGUUUAUGUCCAGAAGUGCAGGCUGCUGCUGCAGAACCCGCCGCUGAGGUUCCGAGCUGCGCGUGCUCCACAGAACCUCCGCCGUGCGCGGAGCAUCCGGAACCCGAAGCAGCCUCCCGCCGUACCCAGCCCGGCCUGCAGGGGGCGAUGUCGGACAGCAGCAACAGCACAGGCAGCACCGGCUCCUCCACCAACAGCUGGACCCUCCUCUCUCCUGAGGAGGUCGCCAUCGAGAAUGUGGGGCCCGUGGACGACGGCACGGAGAGCCUGGGCGACGCCCCCAGUCUGUCUGAGGAAGUAGCAGGAGCUGCUGAGUUCAAGCCGGCUGAUGUUCCCGUUGAGACGGUGCUUUCUGAAGAAGGUCACCAGGUGUGUCAGGAGACCUCCCCCGAGUCCAGCGAGGGCCCCGUCCCGUCCAGCCCCGCCCGCAUGAGCCCUCGCCCCGACACCCCCCUCGACCCCCCCGACCUGGACCUGGAGAGUCAGCCUCCGGUCAUUCACGACAUCGUCACCUCCUCCCCCAGCGACAACGAGCACCUGGGGGGCGUGUCUUUCGUCACCAACAUUGAUUUGAGCGCUCCGCUCCACGUUCCAGAGGUUGACAUCUCUGAGGAGCUGUCUUUGGCUCCGCCCACAGCGGAAGGCCCGGCCCCGCCCGAGCUCGACACACCUGCUGAUUCUGGUGAGGUCGGAGCCGAGUCUGACCCCCCCACAGAGACCCUCUCAGCCUCAGAUUCCCCGUCCUCUGUGGAAGCUGGAAGCGGAGUGACUCCAGAACCAAAAGAAUCUCCACGGUCUGACCCAGAACCCCCGCUGACGGAGCAGUCGGAGGAUGGUCCGGCACCAGAAACCGUCGGUUCUGCUGAAGACGAGGAGGAGGAGGAGGAGGAGGAGGAGGAGGGGGCACCUCUAAAGCCAGAGGAGAUGCCGGCUCAGGAGGAAGAAGAGGAGGAUGAAGAGUCUACCAGCAGCUUCCACGACGGGCUGAGGAGGAGGAACGUGGCCUCCUUCGACGCCGCCCGACCGCGGACUUCAGACGAGGACGACGACGAGGAGGACGUGGAGGUGAAGCUGCCGGAGCGGGAGGAGGAAAAGCCCUGGCUCUCUGUGAACAAGUGCAUUGUGGGAGCUCUGGUCCUCCUCUUCUUAGGUUCCCUUUUCCUCUCAGGUGACUUUGACGCCUCUGAGCUGAGCGACGGCGAGCACGUUCAGGACUGGAUCCGCCCAGAUCCUCAGGAUAUGAAGACGCUGAUGGAUAAACUGCAGCAGGAAAACCAGGAAAUCCGUCAGCUGGAGAACCAGCUGCAGUCCAAGACGGAAGCGCUCGAUUCCGAGAUGCGAGCGGCGGCGGCGAGCGGGGACGAGAAAGGAAAGGCGGAUCUAGAAGCGGAAAACGUGAAGUUGAAGGCGGAGCUUUCGUCUCUGCCGGAGCUGAAGAAGGAGGUGGAGCAUCUGAGGGCGCGAGUGACGGAGCUCAGCCGGCUCUCCGCGGAUGCUGCUCCUCCUGCUGCCGCUCCUUCCUCCUCUCAGUCGGAUGACGUCGCUGCAGGAGAGCCGCUGACCGUCCAGGACCCCGGCGCCGGAGGAACGCUGAAAGACAAACUGAAGCGACAGAAAGUUCUGCUGAUGGAGAGCAAGAGGAGGCUGGAGGGGAUGAACAGAGACGGAGGAGACGGGAAGCGGCUCCAGGACGGCCUGGAGGAGAUCCGCAGGAAACUGUCGGAACACGUGGAAAGUCUGGGAACGAAGAAACCGCAGGAGAACAAAGGAAGAAGAUCUGACGGCCACAGGAAAGACGACAAGAAGGAGUGGAAGCACGGCAAGGAGGGAGGACGGAGGCAGGACAGGAAGGAGGACAGGAAGGAGGACAGGAAGGAGGACAGGAAGCCUCCGAAAGAGAACUCUCACAAGGAAUCCUGGCGGAAGCACCAGGAUGAGUGGGAGAGGAAGAAGGACGAGCGCCGCGUGGACCGAGAGGAGCGAAGGAGGGAAAAGCCGUGGCACCGCCGGCCCGAGAAGAGCCCCCACCAUCCUCAGCAGCCCCCCCGACAGCACCACGGCGACUUCUGGAAGGACCAGGAGCUGAAGCUCCACCGCAACGUCCGCCCCCGGCUGGACUGCCGCUCGCUGGAGGACUGCGCCGCCCGGGAGGGGCUGUACCCGGUGGAGCUGCCGGAGUUUGAGGCGCUGCUGGAGGGAUACCUGAGUAAGCUGGAGAAGUCCUCGGCCGAGAGCAAGAACGGCGUCCGGAGGCUGACGGCCGAGUUCUUCGAGGACGGCGUCUUCAUCCACGACCGGGCGCUCUUCGGCAGCUUCGCCGAGGACGUGGCCGACGUCCUGGAGGACAUGGUGGACCUGUUCGAGGCCGGCAGGAAGCACGACGACUCCCUGGAGGAGGAGAUGGAGGAGUUUGAGCGGGAAGCCAUGUGGAAGUUUGCCGCCACGGCCUGAAGACGCCGCGGCGCGGUUCCGUAGGACUUCUCUGCUCCUCUUUAGGGUUCUGGUAGCUUUUGGUACAGAAUGUUCUCCACCUUCUUCCUUCAUCCCGCAGGAAGGACGCACGCAUUCUACGCUCAUGUUUGCCGUUUUAGUUGUUCCUACCUCUCAGGCCACGCCCCCUGCAGUGUUGUAGUCCAGUGCAUGUUUCGGUCUGUGAUGUUCUCGUGAGUUCAGAGAAACGGUUCAAACUCGGCAGAGGAAACCAGUUAUUCCAUACAAACCCGGCUCUUCUGGAGGGACUUGAGCUGCAGAACCUCUGUGGUUCUGACGGCUCAGAGACCCUCACAGAUCGCAUCUUCUCUGCAGGUUUUGGGUUUGUGGGUCUGCAGACGCUGCAGCGUUUCAUGACUGCUUCACCACUGCAGCACUUUUCCUGAAGCAUUUCAGAAACCCGUUUGUCCCGGUUCGGUUCUGGACAUUCUUCCAGAACGUUAGAGGUGAGGGAUCAGAUUUCAUGAACGGAUGGACCCUAAAAAUCAGUCGAUUUCUUUACCAAUCAGUGUUUUUCCCGGUACGUAGUGGCUCCGGUUUGACCUGCAUGACGCCGUUUAGGACUUUGUGAAAUGGAUUUUCAGACGUUCUGCUCCUAAACGGACCUGAUGAAGCUCCUCCUCAGCUUCAGCCGCCCCCCCUGCCAGAACCAGAGGUCGUUUAGGAUGAAUGUUAAUCGUUCUGGUUCUGUAUCUAACAGCUGCUGUGCCUUUAUGAGGAAGACUCCGGCGGUCGAAGACGCUCGUCUGGUUUCAUUUGCUUUAGAGUUUCACUGCAGUUUGAGAGUUUACCAGAAGAUUCUGGGACGGUGUCGGUCCAUUCUCUGCUGGACGGAGCCAUUCCAGAACCUUCUGAGCCCAAAGGCUUGAAGGAAAUGUUUGGAUCCGGAGUGGCAGCAGGAGCGCUCGGACCACCAGGAUCCACUGAAGAAUUGUUUUCUUUUCCUCCAGAAUCUCCUGUUUUUAGGAAAUAAAUGUUCAAUAAAUUUUUCACCAUCAAA